GAAGUUUAUUUCUGGGGGUGUUGCCGAAAAACUGAUCUAUACUGUACAGAUAUGUUGCUGAAUCGGUGCAUGUAACCAGCGUCAUUCUGAAGAAGGAAAGAUAAUGAUUUUUUGAAAAUGUAAGAAUUACUCUAGGACGGACCAGACAGCGAUGAUGAGAGAGAUGAUAAUGAAGAUCAUAACCAGCCAGAUACCGAUGAUUGUUUUUAAUCCUUGAUUCGGAGCUAUUUCUGAACACCUCGAAUAUUUCUCUUGUUAUGGCAGCAUUAUCCAAAUGGAAGCUUUUGCUUUCGUUGCGCCAAAUUGCAAAUCACAAAUAUCCACUGCUAAUCGCAUAAAGGUCUGAAUCGAAAAGUUUAGGAAAUGUAAUCCAGUGGAGGUUUAUCUAAAAACAGUCGAGGAGAAAAUCACAUUUAAAUACUUGGGAGUCCGGUUUGUACCAGAUUUACCGUACGAUCAAUGUGCAUGAUGGUGCGAAGGGUGGAUAUUUAUCUAUACUGGCACGGCAACCACCACUAAUUUCUUUCGAAACAUGCAAACCGACCUAGUUCAGAGGCAGCCAAAUUCGGAGCAAAGAAGAAACCAGCGUUUGGAUGCCGAGGACGGUUCAGAACUCAUCCCGCCUUCGUUUUCUCCCGGGUAUUCAGCCUCUAGCAUCCGAAACUCUCGGGACCAGCCAACCAACGAAAUGGCGAGUGUCAUAAAGCGCCAAGUAUGCGAGCUCACAGCGGAAGAAAAGCAAGAAAUUGUGGAUCUAUUCGAUGAAGGUUACAGUGAGUCCUACAUUAUGCGCAAGGCCAGCAUGUCCCGCUACAACAUUAAGCAAGUGUUGUACGCAGCUGGGAGAAGGGGGAGGUUUAUUAAGAGGAACACCAGUGUCAACGACGGCGCCCACGCAUCAACGACUGUACAAGUCUGCCUCUUAACUGUUCGUUCCAUGCUUGAGCGCUCGUACUGGGGAUCCAGUAUCCAGAGAUCUCAGGACGUACCGGAGAAAGAAAAAGAAACCGGCAAGAUGCGGGACCCCGACAACCUAACCCCGGAAGACAAACAGGAAAUUGUGGAUUUAUUCGACAAAGGUCACACCUGCUGUUAUAUUAUCCAGAAGACGAAUGUUUCCGGCUACUAUAUCAGGCAGCUGCUGAGCGCAGCAGGGAGAACCUUCCGUGAACGUAAACAAAAACGGCGACCGGCGACAACGUCACCUGUGCAGUACGCGGGACAAAACGAUCAGCAUGGCACUGCAAAGACCUUGGAGCGGAAACCAGCGGUAGGAAAAAAGAAAGCAAUGCCGCAGCAGUGUCCCGUGUGUGGUAACUGGUAUUCCAGUAAAAAGGUUCUUAAGGUUCACCACAGAGUUCAUACAGGAGAGAAACCUUUUUGUUGUGGACUUUGUCCGAAGAAAUUUGCCCAAUCAAAUACGCUAAAUGCCCACAUGGAUUCACACCAGGAUAUCCGCAAGUGGGUCUGCGGGAUCUGCAAGAAAGGUUUCAUCCAGUCAGCGCACCUGCACACCCAUCGGUUGGCUCAUUUGGGGAUCAAGAGGAAAAAAAAGAAAAGCCUUAAAACGUUGGCUGCAAAGUUCCUUUCAAAAGAGCCAAAUAGUUUAAAUUGGUCCGGAAGGUCUUUGGGUGCGCAUCAUCCAAGAAUUUUUAAAAGAAUCAUGUAAUGGACUGUGAUUCAGA